AGUUGGCAACUCUGGUAAAGUGUCUUCACUGGCUCAAAUUAUGCUUAAACUUUUCCAGCAGUCUUCCCAAAACUAAUUUUCGCUGUUUUUUGCAGCCGCUUUAAGUGUUUGUUAUUGUUUUAUUUAUUAAAGAAUCUCGGAAAACAGACGCCCAAUAGAUUGUAGUGAAUGUUAUUUGUGAUUGUGGCUAUGUGUCUUGAAAAUGUCCCGUCCUUGGCUUAAAUGGGAGACUGCGGGACUUUUGGGAAAAUAGAAGGCAACGGCAGCGCAAUUUGGAAAAGCCGCAGCGGAAAAGUAACUGCCCCACUGCGACAGGUGCAACCUCGCACACACUCACAUAAGCAAGCGCACCUUUGUGUUCUAGCCAUCCGAAAAACAAAACAACAACAACAAAAACAAUGGCUGGCACGGCAACCGCGACGCCAAUGGAAAUUGAUGAAUUCAUAAAUGGAGCACUCGUUUCUUGGCUCGAAUCAUGCCUGCCACGUGCCGAACUCCUAGCCGGCUACACCUCCCUGCUAGAUGGCCACAUUAUCCACAGUGUUUGGCUGCAGAUCGAUCCCGAGCCGCAGAACAAUCCCAGCGAGCUAAACGACUUGAAUGGCAAGUCCUUAAGCAUCGCUCGUGCCAAGAACUUUGAGUGCAUCGUUCGGAAUCUCAAAUCCCUGUUCGAGGAGGAAUUGGGCCAGACGAUACUGGUGCUUCCAGAUGUUUUCAUUUUGGGCCACCAUCCGGAGAGCAAGUCCGGGCUGGAGCAAAUGAAAACCCUACUGACUCUACUGCUCGGAGCAGCGGUACAAUGUCCCAAUAAGGAAUUGUUCAUAGCCCGGAUUAAGGAGCUUGACUUGGAGACCCAACACGCUAUUGUGGCGCUGAUCAAGCAGGUCACGGAUAGCCACAGUCUGGUGCUCACCGAAGACUCCCUGGAAAGACUAACACCGCAGAGCAUGUUUACUCACAUUAUUCGAUUGACAAAGGAGCGGGAUCACAUGUACCUCAAGUGGAUCGACUUGGCCUGUGUGGAGCCCGAAAUUGCGGUCAACGACAACCUGGUGGAGUGCGGCCAAGGGGUGAGCAUGCCCCGCUCUCCGUCCAAUGGAACUGCCACUUCCACUCCCUCAUCCUCGUCGAACUCUGAGAGCAAUCACUUGGCAGUAGAAUGCGCAGACCUGAGGUCCAAGAAUCGCAAGUUGCGACAGGAGCUCGAGGAAAAAUCGGAAAAUCUCUUGGAGCUGCGCGAGGAGUUGGAUGACAAAAAGGCGCGAUUCGACAAACUUCGCCAAGAGAGCCAGGAGUGGUUCACGGAGGCUAAGCGGGCAGCUGCCUAUCGGGACGAGGUGGAUAUCCUGCGCGAACGGGCGGAGCGGGCCGAUCGAUUGGAAAUCGAAGUUCAAAAAUAUCGCGAGAAGCUUGGCGACUCUGACUUUUACAAAUCCCGCGUUGAAGAGCUGCGAGAGGACAAUCGAGUCCUGUUGGAAUCUAAAGAAAUGCUUGAAGAACAAUUGCAACGCUAUCGCAAGCGAUCGGAGCAUGCUAUCUCCCUGGAGUCUGAAAUAAUUAAAUACAAGCAAAAACUCAAUGACAUGGCUCUAGAACGGGACGUGGAUCGUUCUAAGCUGGAGGAGCUGUUGGAGGAGAAUGCACAGUUGCAGUUGGUGGCCAAGAACCUAAAUACCACCCAGGAGCUGGAUAAAUCUUUUUCGGAAAACGAAGAUGACUGCAACUCGGGCGAUAAUAGUCUUUCAGAACAGCUAACUAACAAUGCUCAGACGAGAGCUCUCAAACUGGAGCUCGAGAACCGCCGUUUAACGGCAGCUUUAGAGCAGCUAAAGGAGAACAGCUUCCACGAAUCUACCAGCAAGAUGCUAGAGUUGGAGAAGGAGAAGAAAAAGCAAUCCCUGAAGAUCGAGCAGAUGCAGGAGAACAUUCAGAGGUUGACCCAGCAGAAUGCGGAACUGGAGGGUGUGUUCAAGAAUGCCUUGGAGGAGAACAAAAAACUGCAAGACGCUGUCGACAGUCGUCAGAAGAGCUAUGACCGCCAGAGUUUGGAGCGUGAUGCCGACCGUCAGAAGUUGGCCGACGCCGAAGAACACGUGGAGACUCUCAAUAAAGAGAAGCAGCGGAUCCAAACGCUCAACGAAAGCAUCCAGAGGCGGGCUGAUGACUUGGAGCGGCUGGCCGAGAGCAAGACCAGAGAACUGGAGCAGUAUUCCGAGAAGGCCAAGCACUACGAGCAGACCAAGCAAAAGCUCUACGAGAUCGAGACCAAGGUGUCUGCCUACGAGCGCGAAAACGCAAGCUUGCUAAAGGAGGUGUCCAAGCUCAAGGAGGGCAGUGAGGAGAAAUCUGUGCAGCUAGACGAAAGUGUCAAUCGAUUGGAUGUUCAAACAAAGGAACUUAUUCGUCUUGGAAAAGCGCUUGAGGAAGCGGACCAGGUGCAGCUGAAGCUCGUGGAGCUCGAGAAGCAAAACCAGGAACUGACUUCCCAGCGGAACAUUGACCAGGAGAUGAUAAGCACUCUGCGCAACGACCUGGUAACCGGAACGCUGGUCACAAAGAAAGUGCGCCACAACCUGGAGAAACUUGGUCUUGCCGACGGCGAGUCCGGCGAGCUGAAUGUAGAACAUGUUGUGGAGAAACUAGUGCGUAAUCCGGAAACUUUCAAGACAGUCCGGGAGAUAAUGCUGAACGUGUCUCGAGAACAGCGCGAGGAGGAGGAGGAUCGGGAGGGCGGCGUUAAAUCUGACAUGUGUGUUCUAUGCCACCGCCAGGAGAUCUUUACGGUGGAGAAGAACAUCGAACUGGCAGCGUCCACUACUACGCAACCAUCUUCGCAGGAACUGCGCUUCGAGCACAAGCUGCGCCUGAGCCCUGCAAGGGAUUCCGCAGAACUAAGUCGCCUGAAGGACUCCAAUUCCCAACUUCAAACGGAAAAUGCCCGUCUAAGUGUGGACGUGGCAGCAUUGGGAUCACAGAUUACGUCGCUGAAUACCCAGCAUGUCGCCUUGCAGUUGGCGAACUCACAAUUAGCCGCCGAGAAGGAUACUCUCCUGAAGGAAAUCGAUUCGCUGCAGCAGGAACACAAGCAUGCACUUCAGGAUCAGGUUACGCUGCAGUGUCUACACGAUCAGCUGAACGCGGAGUAUGAAUCUCUGAACAAGGACAAAGAGCAACUGAAGGCUGCAGUGAGGGACUUGCGGCAAGAAUUGCGAGAUACCCGCGAACAGCAGGCUGCCUUGGAACAGCGCAUCGAAGAGCUGACCACACAGAACACGAAUAUGAAGACCUGCAGCGAGGAUCUGUCUAUCCUGCGUACCGAGCACUCGAAGCUAACCGAUGACUUCCGCAACCUUUUCGCCACUAGCGAUCGCUUCAAGAACGAGUACAAGAACAUCCAGGAGCAGUACAAAAUGAUACGCAUGGAGCACUCUAGCCUCAAGCUGCAAAACACCGAGCUAUCUGGCGAGCUGAACACGAAGAGCGAUCAAGUGCGUCACCUGCAAAUGGAGUAUACCAAGGUCCAGCAGCGCUGUGAGAUGCUGAUCCAAAACAAUGCUGACCUGGAUUCGGAGCGCAAAGCCCUGAUGGACAAUGUGUCCCAACUGUUAUCUCAGUAUCAGGAACUUCUGGCCAUUUCCCUGGAGGACAAAAAGCAUUUCCACGAGGAGGAGAAGAACUAUACGGAAAGGGUCCACAGUCUAAAGCGGCAGAAGGAAAAACUAGAAGAGAAGAUCAUGGAGCACUAUAAAAAAUCUGAAACUACAGUGCACAAGAAGAAACCCUUUGCCAGCAGUCUAGUGCGUCGUGUGAAGAAGGCCAGCUCCGAUUUGAUGAACAAGGUUCCCAGCCGAAAUCGCCGCUCUUGGGUCGAUGAUGCCCGUACGAAUUCCCAGUUUGUGAUUGGAUCUGAAUCGGGGGGCAAUGAGUCGGACAACAGCAACGAAGAGCCCCUCUCCAUUGCCUCUGAUACUCACCUCUUGCAACGCAACGUCCCUCUCCGACAGAGUCUGCAGCGCAGUCUGGAAGCGCCAGACGUGACGGGCAGUAGCCUGACGCUCGGCACUGCCGGUUCCCGACGCACUGUCUAUCUUAUCGACGAACACCAAAAACUGCCCGACGGCUCCAGCCCCGGUUCCAGUGGCGCACAGCCGCAGUCUGGAGGUUCUAGCAAUGCGGCAACCACCACGCCCGCAGAACCUCAAACACCGCAGAAGAAUGCCGAUAACAGCGGGGGUCCUGCCACGUUUCUUAUGUACAAUCGGAUCAACACAACGAUCGGAGGUGCGUCGACCACCGGUGACCAGAGCCCACUGCUGCAGGCCAGCGGCAGCGUCUCGGGAACACCCGUACCGGAUGAUAAGUCUGCGAGAAAACGGACCGAGGACAAGAGCAAUAGCAUCUGGUAUGAAUACGGCUGCGUCUAAACAUGAACCCCAACAGUAUACGUCCACAACAUAAACUUGAAUUUAAUGCAUUUGCUGACGAAGUAUUAUUUCGUUUUAGAAAUUAACGAAUUUAUUUUUAAACGCAUUAGAACAUCGAUGUUGCCUUAAGAUAGUAAUACCAAUAUAAGUGUAAAGUGCUGCUUAAACCGCUAUGAUUUGCCUUAAGACAUGUUUUACAAUUUAGACUAUAGUUCAUACCUAUUUAUGCGAUCGUAUCGAAUCCAGAAGACUACGCGACUACUAUGCGAACUCUCAUAACUAUCCAGUAUACACCCUUUAUACACACAAAAGUACUAUAUACCGAUGCCUCUAUGUUGCGUCCAAAGCGUUAGACUUUCCUUUUUUUUAUAGUUGUAAUGAAAAGAUAUUAUUUAGGUACUGCAAACUGGACUCGAAUCUAUGAAUUCCUAUAUACCACACUCGUACUCUGCUAGCAGCUAACAAAAGCGCCUUCAAUUUGUGAAUAUAUUUUUAAAAAUUA